AUGGGUGCUUUCUGGAUGCAAAUGGUUGGCGUGAUGUAUCGCAAACUCUGCAUAUAUAAAAGAUCAGUAUUCAGUAUAGUGAUUUUCACUAUACUUUCCCUCUUUUUAUUCACUUUAGCAUUUUCAUUAAAAUUUUUUCAAGCGUUCGAGCAUGGGGCAGACGAUAAAGUUGUAUCAACAUUUUCAUGGUUUAGCAAAGACAAUAUUUCGGUAGCGCACAUUGUUGAUCCAAAUUCUUCAUAUCCAUUCUUCACAGAUCAAAUAAAAGACUAUCUUACUGAAAUGUGCAAAACAGAGUUAGAGACAACGCUUACAAUAUACGAAUUUAGUUCUUUUGACGAAUUCAAUGAUUAUGUUUACAAUAAUCAAAAUGCUGACGAUAUAACAAUGAAUUUUGCCUUUUCAUAUCAAAUAUCUAAUACUACAGAAGUUAAAUUCGAUGAUAAUGGAACUUUGGUUGGUGAUCUCAAUAUAUCUUUUCAAACAAACAGCACAAACGACUAG